ACAUACAUACAUACAUACAUACAUACAUACUUAGAUCGAUAUAAGUGUCAACUUUUGAAUUACUAGCCACUGUCGUGGCAACUGUCCCUUGAAAGGGUUAAAUAAAAACAAGGGAAAUACGCAACAACAAAAUCAAAGCUUGAUUUCUCAAGCAAGGGGGGCAUAGUUACAUGUUAGACAUAGUACAGUACAAGGAGUUCUCGAACUAUCUUGGAUGCCUUUUGUUUUUUCAAAGACUGGCGGAAGCGCGUUUGUGACAGUGCGUGCGGGAAAUCACCCGUUUGCUCGGUUGGACGGCACCGCCAUUCAACCACACGAGAGUCAUCAGACAGACUCACACUUGCUUGUGUUCCGUGGCAUCUGGUGAAUAAGUGAAGCUGCUCUCUCCGAACUCUGGAAAGAUGAAGACACCAAGCUUUCUUCUAUGGGCGGCCAUCGCGCUUGGCGUUUGGUCUUUUAACGGAUUGCUAUGUGAGGAGGACGAGCACUGUCCGUCAGGAUGGCAUGAGUUCAACGGCAAUUGUUACUACUUUUCCAAAGAUGGGGAGGAAAAAGCGUGGAAUUUGGCCAAAGAUGACUGUUCAACCAAGGGAGGCCACCUGGCCAUCAUCCGCAACGUCGAGGAGGCGGAACUGGCAGCCAGGUCAGCCUAACCACUUAUACGGAGAUCGGGACUGCGGUGCGACGAGGGGCUGGAACGGUCGCUGGAAGAGGGCCUUGAAUUUUGAAUGCUUCGUGGUUCGUCCCUACAUCUGCAAGCGUUGCCAAGAUGGCGAUGCGACUGUGUACAAUGGCAUCAAAGGCACCUGCAAUCUUCAACUGGCCGUGUACCCGAAAGUUUUAGAAGUGCUGCUUGAGGAGCGUCUGCGCCCGGGCCGCAUCAUUGUCAUCCAAGGACAUGUCCCUCAGAAUGCAACUAAAUUUAUCAUCCACCUGUCCUUGGGCCACGGUAAAGACACCCCGGUCCGCAUAGAAGUGGAUUUCAAAGAUGGAGACCUUGAACUGUUGACCCGCGUUGGUAGUCAUGUUGGCGGAGAAUAUGUCAACGAGUUCAUCAAGGAUGAUUACUUCCCCUUCCUGUGUCUGCUGCAGCCUUCUCGGGAGCAAUGAUAGUGCAUUCUCUUUCAGAUGACCAUCGAGUGCCGCAAAGACAUUUUCCUCUUGACCGUCGGCGACAACUACAACGUGCAAUACAACAAUGUUGGUUAUGAACUGCGCGACAUCCACAGGCUGUUGGUGGAGAGAGAUGUGACGGUCACCGCUGUCAGGUUGAUUUGAGGCAAAAAUGGAGGUGCUACUUCCUGUCGGGAUGUCGACGAAGUGACGACGCUUAACCUAAAAUUAAACCUAACCCUUGUGUUUGCAAAAAUCUAUGAUGUAACAUCAGAUUAUUUGAAUUUUUGACAGUUUUGACUACACGGCAGCAUGUGUAACGAACUGCAUUUAUAUUAAGGCUCCAGUUUGUGGAUGAAUUUAACACUCAGUCUUGUCAAACAUCAAAAUGAGUCGAAUGGUACCACUUUUAUUAGGGCUUUCUCACACGAUCAAAAUAAAGGAAUGUCUAUAAUCUCA